CUGAGCUCAUUGACAAAGUACGGAAGAAAAGAGGCCAGCAAAAAAAUGGUUAAUGUUGGCCUUAAAGGGAGGUGGCCAGGCCCAAUAAGAAGGGCCCUGGGAGCCUAUAAAGCCGGCCCAACGCCAAGGGGGCCAGACUACGCCUCCAGCAGCCACAGGCUUCCUGGGGAACCUUCCCACCAGACUUCCCAGACAGGGCUUUUUUUUCUCUGUCUCUCCUGCUACUCCCAUGAUCAGCCUUGUUGACAGGGUCCCAGGUCCAGGAUUUCAUCGCUGCAGACAAAUUCCAAGUGUACCUCCAGCAACUGCAGAAGGUGGGGAACACGAGAAGGGUCUGACCAGAUCCCACAUGGCUCAGGAGGCCCCGCCUUUGACCCAGAUGUCAGCAACCAGCCCAGAUGUGAUGACUUAGUGCCUCCAGAGACUGCCAACACUCCUAAGAACCCUGGCUGUGCCACAGAGAAGUCCAGGACAAAUCAAGUGCCUCAGGUGCCCAGACUCUGAGGAUGCAGCUGCUGUGCCCAGCAGAUGCUGCCGCAGACCAACUCUACCUGCUCUUUCAGCUUCUGCAGCUGACAGACCCAAACCAUCACAGAGCUCCCUGUAACAGCAUUUCCUGUGAUACAAACGCCUGCCUUUACUCAAAGAGAAUCACCUUCCUCUCUAAAGAUGGAGCCAUUGUUUAAAACAGAUUUCUGUGACCCUUUUGGCAAAUCCUGAAAGUGGCGUGGUAAAGACAUGGAUGUGACUCCCCUGGUCCACAUCCUGGGUGUGGAGAUCUACCCAGGAACCGUGCAGCCGGGAGCCUCCAACAGCACCUCCGCGGAGCUCAACCUGUCCCAGCUGCUGCUUGGUGCUGCCCUGGCAAACCAGACGGGUGAGCUCUCUGAGCACCAGCAGUACAUCAUUGGCCUCUUCCUCUCCUGCCUGUAUACCAUCUUCCUCUUCCCCAUCGGCUUUGUGGGGAACAUCCUGAUCCUGGUGGUGAACAUUAGCUUCCGUGAAAAGAUGACAAUUCCAGACCUGUACUUCAUCAAUUUGGCUGCAGCAGACCUUAUCCUGGUGGCCGACUCCCUGAUCGAGGUGUUCAACCUGGAUGAGCAGUACUAUGACAUCGCUGUGCUCUGUACCUUCAUGUCUCUCUUCCUGCAGAUCAACAUGUACAGCAGCGUCUUCUUCCUCACCUGGAUGAGCUUUGACAGGUACAUUGCGCUGGCCAAGGCCAUGCGCUCCAGCCUCUUCCGCACAAAGCACCGUGCCAGGCUGAGCUGUGGCCUCAUUUGGAUGGCUGCUGUCUCAGCCACCCUAGUGCCCUUCACAGCUGUCCACCUGCAGCACACUGAGGAGGCCUGUUUCUGCUUUGCAGAUGUCAAGGAAGUACAGUGGCUGGAGGUCACCCUGGGGUUCAUUGUGCCCUUUGCCAUCAUAGGGCUUUGCUAUUCCCUCAUCGUCCGAGUCCUAGUCAAGGCUCACAGGCACCGAGGUCUGCGCCCCCGCAGGCAGAAGGCCCUCCGCAUGAUCUUCGCUGUGGUCCUGGUCUUCUUCAUCUGCUGGUUGCCAGAGAAUGUCUUCAUCAGUGUCCACCUCCUGCAGCGGACACAGCCAGGGGCUGCUCCCUGCAAACAGUCCUUCCGCCAUGCCUACCCUCUGACCGGCCACAUCGUCAACCUUGCAGCUUUCUCCAACAGCUGCCUGAAUCCCCUCAUUUACAGCUUCCUCGGGGAAACCUUCAGGGACAAGCUGAGGCUGUAUAUUGAGCAGAAGACAAACAUGCCAGCCCUGAACCGCUUUUGCCAUGCAGCCCUGAAGGCAGUCAUCCCAGACAGCACAGAGCAGUCAGACACCAAGUUCAGCAGUGCUGUGUGAGAAGUCUUGCCACAAAUAGCAUGCGCUUGGGCUGGGUGGACAGGAGGCACAGGCACAUCACACUCCUAUACCUCUGUGCAGAAGUGAGGGUCACACCUGCUGGGCAAACCCUGCUCCAGUCCUCCCUGGCCUUGUCCUACUCACAGACUUGCAAGGAACCAAACACUCAUGACUGCAGGGCAUGGCUCUGGCCUCAGAGGGAACAGCAUAUAGCUCGGCUGUCCAUGCACACACUGUUUCCCAAGUGGAAAAUGAUUCCAUUCUUGACCAACAACAGCCAAAAGGCAGAGGGCGACUGUAGGGAGAGCUCUUAGUUCAAAGGUAAACCUGCAAAACGUCAGUGGCCCCAGGGUGAAAUGAAGUCUAGAGACAGAAUAUGCCCUGCUGAUCUACACUGGAUGUCCCCUACACUUGAGUGUAAUUCACUCCACACACAGUAACUUGUGAAUACUGAACUGAAGAGGAAAAGAAAGAAGUGUUCCUCUUGGACACACCCAAGCAUUCUUAUCUCUUCCAGUGCUGCAGCGCUGCUCCUAGCCAGCCCUUGAAUACCAGCCAGGUAACUGAGUGCUGAGCUGGGAAGGCCCUCCUUUAGCAAAAUGACUGCCCGCCUGCUGCCUGACCGGAGAUGCCACUUCAUAGCUAUAUUGUUUACAGCAGUCUCUGUAAUUCCCAGAGUGUGGAAUGAGACUGGGAGCCACCAUGAAAUACUCUGCAUGUACAAUUGAAAAAUAUGCCGCUACAAAAAUGUUAACAGUGGGGACAAUGAUGAUAAUAUAAACAGUUUUCAUUAAAAUGUAAAGGAAAGAAAACUGCUAUAAUAUGCAGUGUUUAUCAAUAAAAUGAAGUCAUGUGCUGAUUCUUCUAAAUGGUGUAAGCAGCUCCAUGGUAGGAUGAAAAGAGGGCCAAGGAGGGGCCUUCAGAAGGAGCCACAGGAUCAGAAUGGCUCUUCUGUCACAAAGGAGGCCCACAGUCUCACGAAGCUCACAAAAGGGCAAGACGGCCCUGACCUGCUCUGUCCCAGAACAACCCUCUGCCAUGUUUGAGGGCCAUUUCUCUGGCCAAGAGGUCCAGGUCUCCAGACACGCAUGC